CACAGCAAAAUUUAACACUUCCGACUGCAUGCUCGCUCACUCUCAUUCGUAGAGUACUCUUUUUAUUUUCGCCCUCGAUCCUCUCUCUAGUGGCAAAAUUAAAGGUGUUAGAGAGGCAGGCGUUGCACUGGCACUGCUAUAGCUAGCCUGGCUGAUGGAUGCAUGGUCGCUCAUGUGCCUAAACGUGCAUGUGAAGUGACCAAAUAUAUAGCUGCCGGCUGGUUCGUGUUCUUGGAGCUGAGACUGGGAGCUGGCCAUGGUGAGGACGACGGUGGUCGGCAGGGAGAGGAGCGGCGGCGUGAGGCAGUACAACAGGUCCAAGGUGCCUCGCCUCAGGUGGACGCCCGAUCUGCACCACUGCUUCGUCCACGCCAUCCACAAGCUCGGAGGCCCGGACAGGGCUACGCCGAAGCGAGUGCUGCAGCUGAUGGGGGUGGGAGGACUCACCAUAUCUCAUGUCAAAAGCCAUCUGCAGAUGUACAGGAACAUGAGAAAUGAUCUUGGAAUGCAAGGGACGGAGGAUCAGGAGCACGUAUACGUAGGUGGAGGAGGCAUGCAUACCAAUAUACAGCAGCAGCGGGACCAUGGGUGUGGCGAUGCCCCCUGCUGCAUCUGCUGCCGCCACUCGCCAAAUAAGCCUGCAAAGGAGGAGGAGGAGGCGACGCUGUUCCAACGCCAACUGAAAAGGUCGAGGACGGAGACGAGGCGUGGGCGUGGCCAGCGGGAGGAGAUCGAUGAUGGGAGCGCGAGCCCCAAGAGGCGGCUGCUGCUGCUGCGAGGAGGGCGAGGCCGCCCAGGAAUAUGUGAGAGCGACGGCUCAGGCUCACCCAGCAGCGGCACGCUCGCAAGUGGCUACGACAACUACAUGCGCAUGAUGCAAGCGGCCAUGGGCGUGGCUGCCGCUGCCGGCGCUGCUGCUGCUGCUGCUCCUCAUCAUCAUCAUCAUCAUCACGCGGAGACGGUGGAGCCCGGUCGAGGGCCGAGAAUAAAGCAGCACUUGGCGCGGCCCGGCGCAGACGGCGGCGAACACGCUCCUCCCAGCAGCAGGCAGCUCUUCACGUUCUUGGGCUUCGUGGUGGCGCCGGGGCCGCCGCCUCCUCCCUGCUGCAGCCGUGACCACCCUUUCGAGAUGGUCGGCACGGCUCUCACCCACCGCAGCCUCCAGACACCGCCCACCAAGGCCGCCGUGGCCCAACAAGUCGGUGGCGAUCCCUGCUGGUCGUCGGCGGCCGCUUCCGAACACGACGACCACCACCACGACCGCGACCGCGACGGCUGCUGGCUCUCGCUGUCCCUUGCGCUGGAGACGAGAAGCAGCCGCAGCGCCGACGAGGGCGGCCGGCUCUCGCCGACGGGGAGCCGGAUCAGCCUCGACCUAUCCUUGUCCACGAUAUAGAUCCCAUCCGUCCAUGUUGGUGAGUGGAAUAGUUUGUUGGGCCUUGCGGCCUAGCGUUCCCAAUUUUCGCCUGGUGUGUAGCUCUUGGCUCAUUCGGGCCCAUGUGUAAUAUUAGUUGUUGUUUUUUUCGUUUACAAGAGCUACAUGAUCUAUGAUUAGCAGUCAAUUCGGUACGACUCUAUCCAGGCAGGGUAAAGCUGGGUUCA